AUGCUGACUGCGGCCAGUGUCUCCUGUGCUCACGUGCCUGACAAGUAUCCCAUCGAGGUGUAUCAUAUGCUACGGGAGAAGACUCAAUUCUCUCUUGGUCGGGACAAUCGUAUCAGGGGGACUUGGGGCCCGUGGAGCUCCUGGAGCGAGUGUUCGAGGACCUGCGGCACGGGGAUUCAGUCUCAAUCAAGAGAAUGCGUACCGCAUCAGAGACUGUUAAGGAAGCGGAGCAUUAUCUCGGAGAACAGCACAAGCAGCUCGCGGCCCAUUUGCAUCGGCACGUACAAGCGAUACCACACGUGCAACACGCAGAAAUGUCCGAACUUCCCGGAGGAUUUGCGGGCCGAACAAUGUGCCAAGUACAACGGAAGAAACUACAAGGGCGAGAGCUACGAUUGGGUCCCGUUUCUGGAUGUGCCGAACUCUUGCGCGCUCAAUUGCCGUGCCGUCGGCGAGCGUUUUUACGCAACGCUUGAACCGGCAGUAAUGGAUGGCACACCCUGCGACGCGCCGAAUCUUCGUGGACAUAACACCGGAAUUUCUAUGGAACGCACAGACCAGUGGCUCUGUGUCGCCGGACAAUGCAAGCCGGUAGGCUGCGACGGUGUGGUAGGUUCUGGCGUCACGAUGGACGCUUGUGGUGUCUGCGGUGGUCAGGGUAAAGGUUGUCGACUGUACGAGGGGAUUUUUAUGGAACCAAUCCUGCCAAGGGGUCAUCAACCUGUGACCACUGUACCGAAAGGAGCCAUGUCUCUCAACAUCUCCGAACUACGUUUCAGUAGUAACUUCUUAGCGUUGAGAGACAGCAACGGUAGUUACAUCCUGAAUGGACCACUGGCGUACAGUUCAAGCGGCACUUAUAAAGCGGCUGGCACGACAUUAACAUACCAGAGGGGUGACAGAAACCGCAUGGAGUGUAUCUUGGCGACUGGGCCACUGAACGAUUCUUUGCAUUUAGAGAUUCUGGCGCAGGAAAUGAACCCAGGAGUGCUUUACAAAUACAUGAUGCCGUUAAAGGAAGUGGCCGGUGGAAGGCCGUUGAUAGCACCGCCGCUUUUCGUGACAGGAUCCAUUGAUCGUGGCAACGAGAUACCCGAUUCGGAUGCCAGAGUCGCUUUGACCAUUCCCACGACCAGAAUAUCGAAUCAGAGGACCGAUUUAUCAUUGACGACCCACAAUCAAGAUCGUACCGGGACCCGUGACAGAGGACGGAAGGAAGAGAUGAAGCACUCGCCGAACAGGGUGAUGGCCGGCGACCAGCCAAAGUCGAAGGGCAAAAAGAAGAAACGUCUACGAUUCUCGUGGAAGGUUGGAUUGACUCCUUGCUCCAAGGAAUGCGGAGGAGGGAUUAAGACGGCGAUCUUCAAGUGCGUCCGCGAGGUGAACCAGAUGAUCGUGAACGACAAACGAUGUCGCAACGUGGGAAAGCCUCAGCAACUUCCUCCGUUACGCUGCAACGACAAUCCUUGCCCGCCUAGGUGGAGGGCCGAAGCGUGGGACGAGUGUUCGGUGUCCUGCGGCACCGGGACCAGAACACGGAAAUUAGAGUGCGUACAGGAGUUGAAUGCGAACCUGACAAUGCGCGUUGCAGCUGGUGCGUGCAUCCAACCGCCUGAUUUGAAAACCGUGGAGGCUUGUACGAAACCAGCCUGCACGAACAGCCCGGAAUUAAGGCAUAUGCACUCGCAACACGACACACCCAGAUGGGACGUCGGCCCUUGGGGCUCUUGCUCCACGACGUGUGGAAAGGGAGUUCGAAAUCGAACAGUCACUUGCAUCACACCGGGGAAGGCCUGUUCGGUGUACAACAAGCCCGAAGCUCAGAAGAUAUGCGAGUCCGCUCCUUGCGAGCGUAAUAGCGCGGAGCAAAGAGCGCCUUGGCUCUACUCGGAAUGGUCGUCCAAGUGUUCGGCGGAAUGUGGUGCAGGAAUGGAGACUAGGCAAGUGGCUUGCGCCGAUGGUAGCGAGCUAUUUUGUAAUCCCAAAGAGAGACCGGAAACGGAGAGGCUGUGCUUCGGAAGGGAGAAGAGCUGCGAUAGCGCGAAAUGGUUCACCGGUCCUUGGUCAUUCUGUUCCGUGUCGUGCGGAUUGGGUGUCCAGUAUCGAGAAGUCCUUUGCGUGGCAAGGACGGGGAACGAAUUCGUCGUGUUGCCUGGGAGCAACUGCAACGACUCGAGGCCAGCGAACGAGCAAGUGUGCAGAACGAGCGUAUGCACACCGACAUGGUUCACCUCGGACUGGUCGAAGUGCUCGGUAACGUGCGGCACCGGUGUGCAAACCAGACUGGUUCGUUGCAUCCUCGAGGGUGUCGGCACGUCGAGCUGCGAGGAAGCUGCGAGACCGAGCGAUCAGCAGCAGUGCAGUCUGGAGACGUGUAAAAAGGACACACCUCCGCCGAGCAAACCACCCAAGAAAGCUUACGAGGCGUCGUCGGAGUGCGUGGACAAGCACCCGAACUGCGCGUUGGUCGUGAAGAACGGUUUGUGCCGGAUAAAGUACUACAAGUACUCGUGCUGCCGUUGCCGCGAGUAGUUCGGAUCGGUCGCGAGAACGAGCCCACCCGUUAAUCGCAGGCAGGUUCGUCCCACCUCACGGUCGCCAACCGUUUUGUGUUCGAUUAAAAAAAUAACAGAAAUGAAAACGAAAAAAAGCACACGCAAGCUCGUAGUUUCUCUCUCCCUUAGUUCGAAUUGCGAAAACGCGACCGGGGAACAUUCGGGGCGGGGGAACCGCGGCGAGUACAAUAAGACUGUUACAAAGAGAGGAUUAUGUAUUAUUACGUGUAAUUUUAUUUAACAGGAUACAUCAGCUAAUUACCCGCGUAGCUUUAUAUUCGCCGUCUGUAUCUUAUCUUGCUCCCGUGGACGG